UCUAUAUUUUUAUAAGGACAUUACUAGAGGAGCAAUGGCUUUCAGUUCUAAUGCGCAAGGGUUCAUCCUCCUCCUAGCUGCUGCCUCUCUCUUGGCAGUGACUGAGGCCAGAACCGUGGUUGUUGGUGGGUCUGAAGGCUGGCGUUUCGGCUACAACUACACUGACUGGGCGCUCCAAAACAACCCCUUUUACAUAAAUGACCAACUAGUUUUCAAGUACGAUCCACCGAGUGAGGCGAACUCCGGCUACAGCGUAUACCAACUGCCGAACCUAUGGAGCUACAUAACUUGCGACUUUAGCAACGCCAAGCUGCUGGCGAGUCAGAUGCAGGGAGGUGGCGACGGCUUCAAGGUGGAGCUGACUCAGUGGAGUCCUUAUUACUUUGCCAGUGGUGAAAAAGAUGGCAAGAACUGCAAGGAUGGGCUGAUGAAGCUGUUUGCCAUCCCACUGCCACGUUGGAAUAAUUAAUCGCAGAGUUUGAAAACACACAAAUAAAAAGGUCCGGGAAGACGAGACGGUGUACAAAAAUACACACGCACGCACACCAGAUUGAUUAUGUACUUCAAUUAUUCUGGAGGGUUUCGAGUCAAAUAAUAAUUUCCCCAUGAUACUUGUAGAGGGAAUCGUGUCUGAAUAAUUUGUACUUGUUUCUUGAUUUUCAUAGAGUCAUAUACACAAUAAAGAUGAUUUUGUCAGUUUAAAUCUGAACCA